AUGUUCUCCAAGUUCACCGGCAAGAAGAACAAGAACGCGACGCUGCUCGAUGACGAUGAGAAGGCGUAUGCCUACGAGAACGACGCCGCGCGCGUCAGCUCAUCGCCGGUCCGCCGGCGGCGAACAGCUGACCCGUCCUCCCGGGACCGCUAUAUCGGCUCCUAUGCACCCAACCCGACCUUCAUCCGCGUACUCCGAUUCCUCCUGUAAGUUGUGGUUUUCCUCUCGGUACGCUCGUGGUCAGGGCUGUCCGUUUGUGCUAGGGCUGUGCACUGUGCAGGGGCUUCUGCAGGCGAGCGGCGGCUAGGCUAGGUCGGCGGCGAACGGCGAAUCGAAAUCGGCCAGCCCGGCGGGCGCGCGCUAGGCUCUAGCGCAGCCGUAGCGACAGCAGGCGACAGCAGGCGACAGCGCUCGCUUACGUUUAGCGCGCGCACGCGCUCGGGCGCCACAGCAGCCCCAGCCGCGCCAGCCGCUUCACCAGUCAGGCCAUCUUCAGGCAUCGCAACAGUCAUACCUGAAACUAACCCGAAUAUCACGCAAAAUGUGACAGCGCUGACAUGACUUCUCCUUUCCUCGGAUGCAGAUUUGGACUGACUUCACUCGCAUCGCUGACCACGGCCGGAGUGGCGAUCGGCGUCGUUCACUACUACAAUUCCCUGCGGCCAAACGUGAUUGCACCUUCCUGGGGGUCGCUCAUCGCCAUUAUCGUCUUUGGCAUCGGCACGCCCGGCGUGCUCUACAUCCCGAUGCUCUUCUUCCCAUACAUGUUCAAGGAGCGCACCUUCACCGGUAUUCUCUUGCAAACUCGAAUUGAAUUGCUCACCCUCUUCGCCGUCUCGGCCGUUUGGAUCUCGGGUGCAUUAGCGCUUGCAUGCGAUCUUCGAGGCCGCGAGAACUGCUUGUGGGACGGGUACUACCACUUCCCCAAGCCGGCCGAUUUCGACUCCGUUUGCACGCUCAUCAACGUCGACGUCGCGCUCGCCUACACAACCUUUGGAUUGACCUGCGUUCAACUCGUCGUUAUCUCGGGCAUUGCCGGGUACAUCCUGCUCUACUUGGAUCAAGAGGUCAGUCGACGUGCCUCUCGUGUCUGUUAACAGUGCUUACGCUAUCUCCGUUGUUGACUGUCGCAUUCACGGGUUCGUCUAAUCAGGUUCUCACGGAACGCACCAAUGACAUGGGUGGCCGUGCUCACCGAGCUCGUCAACAAGCUCUCGCCUCCCGCCGCGCCUUGGCUGCCGCCGACAUUCAAGGUCUUGGUCGCGCUGGGCCCAUGUCGUCUCAACGAUCGCUGAAUGGUCCCGGACCCAUGGCGGGUGGUGUAGCGACCUCGCGCCUUGCGCCUACGAUGACGGAGAACUCAAGCGGUCGAGGGGGCCCGAUGGCAGGAGGUCGUUAUUCGCGCGAUGAGGAACAUGAAGGCACCGACUUUGACACCGUCGUCGACGAUGCCGAGGAGACAAAUGAGGAAUACUACGGGUACGAGCAGAGGCAUCGGCGAAGGCAGUCCCGAGUCUGA